GCAGUAUUUGAGGUGGAAGAAGAGCCCAGAAAGGACUUCCUGUUGAAGCUGAGGGGUUCCCCCUCCCCGGGCGCCCCCUGUUCAAUGCCCCGCGAGCGCCAUGUGCCAAAGCUGGUGUGGUCUUAACACAGCUGUUUAAGACCCAGCCCGACCUCGUGCUUCUCCUCUCUCUUCAUGAUGAAGAAGGUCGCGGCGUGGUCGGCCGAGGACGUCGCCGACUGGCUGAGCAAAGAGGGCAUGCCGGAGUACGUCGACACCCUGCGCCAAACGGACGGCGCCGGCUUGCUGCGGCUCACGCGGGCGCACUUCCAGACGCCGCCUCUCCUCCUGGUGUCCUCGGACGGGGGUCAGCAGCUGCUGGAGCGGCUGGAGACGCUGCGGAUCGAGACCCACAUAGAGGCGCAUAAAAACGGCCACGCCAACGGCCACGCCGGCGGGCUGCCCAACGGCACGAGCGCGCCCCUGAGGAAUGGCGCGGUGCGCUCCAAGGACUGCAGGGUGGAGAUGGUGCACAUCCCCAUCCCUCCCAUGGACACUUUGCGCUCCUCCUUCCCGCCCGAGUGGGGCAAGACGGGCGUGGCGUUUGUCUACGCGGUGGUGUGCUUCGUCACCACCACCGUCGUGAUAUCGGUCGUCCACGAGAGGGUGCCGCCGAAAGAGCACACCCCGCCGCUGCCGGAUAAGUUCUUCGACCUGUUCGACCGGAUAGAGUGGGCCUUCUCUAUCUGCGAAAUCAACGGCAUGCUGCUGGUGGCGCUGUGGCUCAUCCAGUGGGCUCUCCUCAAGCACAGGUCAAUCGUAGGCAGGCGGUUCUUCUUCAUUGUGGGUACGCUGUAUUUGUACCGCUGUAUUACAAUGUACAUCACCACUCUGCCUGUUCCCGGGAUGCACUUCAAAUGCUCUCCAAAGCUUCUGGGUGACUGGGAGGCGCAUAUUAGAAGAGUCAUGAAGAUGAUCGCCGGCGGCGGCCUCUCCAUCACAGGCUCUCACACCAUGUGUGGAGACUACCUGUACAGCGGCCACACUGUCAUGCUGACGCUAACAUACCUCUUCAUCAAGGAGUAUUCCCCCAGACGGUUGUGGUGGUUCCACUGGUUCUGCUGGACCCUCAGCGCCGUGGGAGUUUUCUGCAUCCUCCUGGCCCACGACCACUACACUGUGGAUGUGGUGGUGGCGUACUUCAUCACCACACGCCUCUUCUGGUGGUACCACACCAUGGCCAACCAGCAGUCGCUGAAAGAGUCGUCGCAGAGCAACCCCUUCUCGCGGGUGUGGUGGUACCGGCCCUUCCAGUACCUGGAGGAGAGCGUCAGCGGCACGGUGCCUUGCACCUACCAGCUCCCGCUGUGGGUGCGGAGCGUGCAUUGGAACCGGGGCGUGGCCUACAGCCGGCUGGACGUCCAGUGACGCCGGGUCACGGCGGCAGGCCAAGACUGUGAACUCCAAAAGUGGAAGAAGGCACUGUUUGAUGUAGCGCUCCGCCCUCUAAAAAGCAGGUGAUCCCGCUCCGACACGGGGAAAACUGUGACCCUCGCCCCGUUCUCCUUUUUUGUUUUUUUUUGUGCGUUUGUGCGUCCGUCCUCUUACUCUCCAAGUGGUAUAUGACAACACACGGCACUAAUAUUUUUACUUCUUAAUACUCGCUGCUUUUCCAAGCAUUUCAAAAACGUUUUCAGCACAAAAUGCUCAAGCCCCGCCCCUCCAAGUCCAAAAUGCCAAAUGCAUUUUUUUUUUUUUUAAUAAAAGCAAUUUGUUUUGUAAAAAAAAAAAAAAAAAAAAAAAAAAAAGAUAAAAA